CCUCUGUGCAUUUUGAGGUUUUCGAUCGUACAAUUUACAGUUUUUUCAGAAUAAAAAAAAUUGUAUACAUACAAUAUGAAAAAAAUUGCCAUUUUUUGUAUAGUAGUCUGUAUGACAUCUUUGGUCACACAAGGUCGGCCAUAUCCACAAGGUGGUGAUAAGCCGGAGGUCAAAGAUGACGCUAAUGUGGAUGGUCAGCGGCCGGAAGACGCAGUUUGUGUCAAAUGUGGGAAAACUAUAUCAUCAGCGGCAGAAUCCGUGGGCAAAGGUUUUUGUGGUUUCAUGCGUUGCUGGAUUGGGGAUGCAAAUAAACAUCUGCAUUGUCCAUCCCAUAGGUUUAAUUGUAACUAGUGGAUAUUAGAAAGGAUCCGACUUUGGUACAAAAAUAUUCCAGUUUUUUAUGAAUAAAUACAAUAUAAUGUUCUAUUUGAAUUGUGUACAUUUUUACUAAAUAAAAAUUAUAUAUUUCACAA